UUCAGUCUUCACCAUAGAUAAUACGUAUAUAAUUCUCAGUUUCGCGUGUUUUGUUAAAAAUACUAACAUAUAAAAUUUUGUUUUCCUGUUUGUGAUAAUAAUUUACUCAACAUGAAAUCCAAAAAGCGUCACCACAAUUCAUCUGACGAGUCCGAAGAGUCUGAUGGAAGUGUACAAUCGAGUAGUUCAUCAGAUAGUGAUAGUGAUGAUUCUUCGGUGUCGGAAACCCGCUAUAAGAAAAAACGAAAACGUGCCAACAACUCUUCCGAAUCCGAAAGUAAUUCUGAUGACCAAAAGCGAUCCAAAAAACGUAAGCAUAAGAAGAAGAAGAAGAAACAUAGCAAGAAGAAGAGGCGGUCGGAUUCGUUAGAAGAUGUUACCGACGAUAAUAUUUCUAUAAGCGAGGGUGAAAUAUCUGUGAAGAAAAAGCGGAAGCAUAAACAUAAGCACUCGAAACGGUCACAGACUUCUGGAAGCGAAGAUGAGUUGGAACGGCAUAAUGAACGCCGGCUAAUGAGUGUUGUCAAAGAAAGACGCGGAUCUUCAGACGAGGGCAGCCAGCCUUCCCGCACUUACUAUCAGAAAGAAUAUCACGGUUCAAUGCAUCCCAGAGAUUAUGAUAUUGAACAAAAUUCUCAAAAGUAUUACAAGGAACCAAUGAGGGAACACGGCUAUCAGGAUUACCAGGACUAUAGGGAAAGGGAUGACAGAUAUCAAGAUGAGAAUCGUCAAAGGGAGAAAUAUGGUCACAGUUCACACAACGCUGAUUACGGUGGUCAGAGAGAAUACAAUGUCUAUAAAAGAUCAUCGAAAUAUGAGUCUAGACCGGAUGAAGUCUACAGAAAAGAAAGGGACGAUCCCUAUGGUCCCAGAGAAGAUAUGAGAGGCCAUCCGAAAUAUCCUCAGAGGUUUGAUGAGAGACCUCCAAAGAGGUUUGAUGACAACCGUGAUUACCGUGACAGACGUGUACAGGAAGCUGAACGCUACAGAGAGAAGGCCUAUGAAAAGAGAGAAAAAUAUGGAGGAGAUGGAAAUUCAGUGGAAAGGGGACGGGAAAUGCAACGCGAUAGACCCGCCAGGGUCGGGAAACCGCUACACCAAAGAGAGGAAUCAAGAUCAAGAAGUCCGGAUGAGCACUACAGGGAAAAGAACAGAGAUAGAAAUGAUCGUUACAGGGGGGAGGACACAAGGAGGGGAGAGGAGAGAGGGGAGGGCAGGAGAGUUGAGGAGAGGGGAGAGGGGCGGCGGGUUGAAGAAAGGGGCGAGGGAAGGAGGGGCAGGAACCAGCAACCGAGGGAAAGGAGAACCAGAUUCGACAACGCUAAUGAUAAUAAAGAAUACACCUGGGGGAAGACGGAGGUGAAGAAGGAAGGGGCCAAGAAUCCAGCUGAUAAAGAGAAGCCUAACUUUGGAUUAUCAGGGAAGUUGACAGCAGACGCUAACACAGUGAAUGGAGUGGUCAUCAAAUACACCGAGCCCGAUGAUGCAAAGCAACCCAAGAGACGCUGGAGGUUCUAUCCGUUUAAAGGCGACAAGGCUCUCCCGAUCCUGUACAUCCAUCGCCAAUCCUGCUUCCUCAUCGGCAGAGAUAAAAAGGUCGUCGACAUAGCCCUCGAACACCCAUCCAUAAGCAAGCAACACGCGGCGUUGCAGUACAGAGCGACUGCCUUCACCAGGGACGAUGGCACUCAGGGGAGACGUGUCAGGCCUUAUAUUAUAGAUUUAGAAUCGGCGAACGGCACGUUCGUGAACAACAAGAAGAUAGAGGCCCGCCGCUACGUGGAACUGCUCGAGCGAGACGUCGUCAAGUUCGGCUUCUCGGCGCGGGAGUACGUGUUGCUGCACGAGAACAGCAAGGACGAGGGCCAGGACGACGACCAGGAACCCGCCCCCGCCCUCACCACCGUCGACCAGCUGAAGAGGGAGAAGCACGCCAAGGAGGCGGCGGCCGCGGACGGGGAGUAAGGCCAAGUGUGUUCACUCGUCGGUCGCAACCCUGAUGACGCGAUGGGGCCUGGGGUUGUGACGUCAGCAUCAUAGAAUAAGCCUCUGAUGGCAUUAAAGGGUUGGCUGAAUUAGUUGCCAUCUCAAAUUACGUGUUAUAUAUAUAUGUGUUUAUAUAUACACAUAUAUAUAUAACACGUAGUACAACCAUAGCAGCGGUUUAAUUAGGGUUAGAAUGAUAUUUUAAUGUUCCAUUUAUAUUAUAGUGUCGAAUAAAGAAUUUAAUCUCUCACUUUCCUAAUAAAAUUUCCGUGUUAUAAGUUUUGUUUCCUAUGUUAAAUCUAUGAUUCACCAGAAAGAUUAUAACUUUGAGAUACAGAUUAUAUUUAUUGUAGACGAAUAUAAAGCGAAAUCAAAUUAGCAACUGGUAACAUCGAAUUUUAUUCAUAUUUUUCAUACUUUGGUAAAGGCUAUUAAUGAAGUGGAGGUCAGAGUUCUAGACUUCAUAGUUAUAGUUAUUGCACUUGUAAUAUUUAGAUUUUUUCUUUCCGACCAAAUUAAACAAUUUUAUAGUAGUAAGACUACCGACUGUAGUAAGUUAAUGGUUAAAUAAAACACCGUACUAUUGAUAUGUAAGGUUUUUUUUUAUUAUAGAAUAUUCUAGAACUCUACACAUUGUGUUCUAGCGUUCAAUAAAUGCAUAACUAUUAAGCGAAA